UGGAACUCGCUGACUUUUGGACGGACAUUGGAAAGAACUGUUUACAGAACUGAAAUUCAUGAUUUAUAGUUGCCAAAAAUAACCGCCAAAGAAAUUUUUAACUAAAAAAUUUCGCCGGCGGAUGAAUUGAUCAAAAAUCCAGCUGUGAGCUUAAGUUCUAUUCCCAUAUAGUUGCAGUGCCUAGUGUGCGCUCUGCAUUUCCUGCAAUAUGUGGACUGAUAAGUCUUAUUUACCCUUAGCAUAAUUGCUCUGUUAGACAAACAAGGAAUGCUACCUGUACAAACGGCCGGCGUUAAGUGGGUUUUUCGUCUACAUCGCACUGGAAUUUCCAACGAACGGAAAACGGACAGUUCUAAAACCGUGCAUCCCGCAUAACGGAACAUAUCCCUGCCUAACCCCCAUUGGGCAAUCGACAUCACCAUGAAGCCUUGAGUAUUAACUCAAUGUACAGACCUGCUGGUGCAUAUUCUUACUAGUUGAUCGCACAGGUUUUGACGGAUGUAACAAGACCUAUCGUACUCAACAGUUUAUUACAAAUACCUCCUGAAAUCGGGGCUACAUCGAAGCCAAUCAGUGAGAUAUAUAGAGAAGCUCGCCAAAAGGUAAUUCAGCUGAUCAAUUUUGAGUCUUACUGAUUUAAAUGGAUUGAAGUUAUGCCUUAAAACGCGACCGGAUAGAAACUGUGCCCUUUUAAACCAUUUUUCGCAUUGAGAGUGCUUUUGGGCGGUACCUGGCUGAUUUUUGCCCAUUAAGGAGCCUAAUUGGCCCAUAUAAUUCGCCUUUAUUUGCACAUAGUAUAGGCUGUUUAUAGAUCCUUUAUUUUCUAACGUGUUUAAUUUUUAAAUUUAAAAGAUAUGGUAGUACACAGUUCGCUAAAUCUAAAUGGUUGAUUACAUGACCAUGUUCGCUUCGGCCGAGAUAAAAUUUUAUCCCCUCAUUUACUCCCGCAUACCGGGAUUCCACCUAACGGGGCUGGCUGGGUUGUCAUGUACAGUAAUCAAAAAAUGAUCCAGCGCGAUUCCAGCUCGGCAAACCGGACCAGCCCGGCGCUUGUAUUCAACCCCUUUAUGAUAGCUUUUUGUUAAUUAAAAUUUUGGUCCAUGAAAAAGUUAUGCGGAGCUUGUAAGCAGACUGAGAUAAUCCACAAAGAAUUCAAAAGACACAGUCACAUAUCCGACUUCCCAUUUAACUGACGGUAGUUAACUCAUUCGUAACUGAAAACAUGUUUUUAUUACUGUAGUCUUUGCUUGGAGAGUUUUUUUUGUUGUUGUUUUUUUCAUAUAUCAGAGUCUGAGUCGUGGCCUAUUCAUCUGCUUUUAGCAGCUGGGACACACCAAGCUAAUAAGCUAGGACUGGCUUCAACGAGCCCCACCUAGGGACGUAAAUUUUCAAAAGCUAUUUCAGCCUCACGAGAUGGAGCGUUUCUAACGCCGCUUUGGGCUUGUUGCUUCCCCUUCAUUUCCUUUUUGUUUACUGAAUGCUAUCAGCAUUGAUGUAAAUAUGGUUCUGUUUCACCCGACCACCAACAAUUUAAUAUUAGUUCCCCGAGAUUUUCUCAUAAAUUUCGGAUAAGUGUGAGCCGCUGAAAGUCUUAAACCCUCUGAGUGAUGAGACAAUUACGAAAUGGCAACGCCGCGUACAAACUUUUAUUAAGUCGUGUAUUGGUCAGGACUCAGUAACAGAUGAUUUGUUUCUCGUGCGAAGCUAGGCAUUUACUAGACUUGCUACAAGUCGACCUCUUGGCGAGCGGAGCGAGCCUUUUUUUGAAUUUAAGCUGAUAAAAUUUAGUUACCCUCUCUAGGGAUCAUAUCGAAGCUACGCAAUGCCAACAAGGAAAAGAAUGGAAUUAAGGAUGGAGACCCUCGAAAAUCAUUUACCUCCGGCAACAAUAACAAGUGACAACAAAAAAACAGUCAGUUACAAUUAACUACGGAACGACAUGCAUCAUCGGUCUCCCCUUUUACUAACCUAAGAGUAUUUGAAAAAUGUCUUCACUAAUGUGUUAAACCUGGCAAACGAGAGUGCCUAGGUGCUUGAUCAUAAACCAACACCGCAGUAUUUCAGAAUUGUUGUUGUUGUUUUUUUUUGUACUAUAAAAUGGCGACUGAUAAACACGUGGUCUGAAAACUAUGAGGCUUUCAUAAAGUAAGCGCAAUCCCCAGUUAGUUAGGAUGUGGACGCACCCAGCCAAGCGCCUCCUGCAGUCUGCUCAGUUCAAAGAACGGAUAAGAUUACAAGUUCGUAGACUGAUUGCUACUGUACAAUUCCAGGUAUCAAAUUAUUCUCCGGCCAAGGAUCAGGGAGAACCUAACCUAAUGGCAUAUCUAUAUAAAAUCAUAAACUGGUAAAAGAGUAGUGAGGUCAUAUUUGAAAACAGGCAUCGAUUUGAUGUCAUUGAUAGGGAUAAGGUCUGAAGCGGACAAAAAAAUCACAUGUUCUUCACCUUUAACCGUCAGGUUUAUAUUUUAUGCCUUGAACCCUAGUGUCCUGAUCGUUUGUGUUACCGCAGUUACAAUGUCUUGUAUUUGUGACCCCUCCCCCCCUAACCUGGUGAAAGUUGAUAACAUUACAAGACCAUUGUCAAAACUUGGAAGAGCAGGUUUUGAACAAUUAUUUGAUGAGUUUUUAUUUUUGUGAUAUCGAGAAAAAUCACUAUUUUGGAUAUCACAGGUAUCGAAUCUAAACACACGGAACACAUUUUGUCUGACUGAUUGAUCUUGGAAAUCUUGUAUUGCGCGCGCAACCUACGGACUAGUCAUUUAUCUGUGGCAGAUAACUUACUAAUUUGUAGGUGUCCACAAUUAACUGUAGCCUCUUAGCCAAUGGGAAGACAAAUAGUGAGUACAAUGUACGGUAUAAUAAGUUUAAAAGACCACUUUUCUUUCGGAGUGUCUCUACAUUGUUGUCGUCCUGUAAAAUCGUACGUAAAUAGCCGGCUGGAACCACUGUCUCGUCUCGGCGCAGAGGGUGAGUGUAUGUUGUUCAAAGACGGUCUUUACUCUAGAACCUUUUUUAUAAGAGAUCAGGCCCUUGAAGUUGAACAAAAGUAUAACACCUUUCUCGGCUAACAGCCUAGCCAAGCUGAGACUUUAUAGCAAAAGCAGGUUUAUCUUGCAUCCUGUAUACUGACAUGUAGGGACUUAAGCAACAACAUAUAUGGUUAAACGUAACCAUUCUGAAACUCUAUAUCACGUAACUAAAUAACAUGUUAAGAACCCGUUCCUGAUCUAAGCAAAAAUAAUAAUAAUAAAGCUUCAGAAAAGCUUUCAGUCCAUGUUUAGACGUUCUAAACAUAAAAUUGUUGGAACAAGAAUCUGGUGCUACCAAAUGGUUUCUACUCCUUCGAUGACUUUUGGCCGGUGCGUGUGGUGACUCAAACAAGUUCAGAACAAAAUGUGUCAUUCGUUUUCUUUUUCUCGACCAAAUUUUAACUCAUUUUCUACCAAACUCGAUCGAGUUUUUCUGUAUAAUUCUCCUUGUAUGCAGAAAGAUACUCUAAGCAAUUGGUCAAAAUAUGCGAUCUCAUGUUACCUGCAUCGACACUAAUUACGCGAAAUGAGAAAAAAUCCAACGAUCUCGAUCCUGCUAGCUGCUAGCCACAUUUUGACGCGUCAUCUGACUUAUAUGCAUCAACAUUACCCUGAAUUAUUUAUACCUAAAGAUACUGAUCAUGAGGAGUAAUGAUAUGUAUUAUACAAGAAAAUGUCCUGAUUGAAGCAAGGGAAUCUAGUUCUUUCUAGAAUAUACUAGAAUAUUCUCGACAAUCUUAAUGUUUCUCUUUUUCGCAAUAAUCACCCUCGUGAUACACUGUACACGGGAGCAGCUCAAAAACGCCAAAGGGCAUAAAUCAUCGGCUAACCAUGUGACAGCAUAACACACGUGGAAAUAGCCUGCGUAGCAUGGCGGUUUUGGUUGGGCGCGCUUAGUAAUAAAGGCGGGCGAGGGAAGAGAAACCGCGAGGAGAUUGAGGCGGGAGCAACUCGGGAGCAACUCGGUUUUUAUUUUUCUCGCGGCUUCGCCGCUCGUUCUCGCGCGCUUCGCGCGCGAAUUUCGCGGCUACGCCGCUCCUGCGCCCAGCUCGACAAAACCGCCAUGCUACGCAGGCUAACGUGGAAAUUGGGGCUAUUGCGUACGUAUAACCAGCCUUCCAUGACUAAUACGAAAAACCCCGGGAGACGACACUCAAUUUACCUCAUCAUGCCACAUUGCAAAAUAACAAUAUAAUACGGCGCAUUGAUUUCCAUACUAGGUUGUUUCGCAAGAAAACACCUCUUUAAGAAUUGAGUGCGAAGGUUGUUUAGCACAGUGUGUGCAUGUUAGGUCGUCCUUGACCUUCCGGUUUGAUUACAUAGGAAAAAAAUGGUGGUGACGUUUCUCGCUUAUCACAUCUUAUUGUUGAUAGACUUGAUUGGCAGUGAAUGAUCCGUUCAAGUGGGCGCUCAGUGAGUUGACCUCUCGUUAGUGAGUGCCUACAGUUUUAUUAUCUCUCACAACAUUCAAAGCAUCACUAUUAUCUACCUUUUGUUCUCUAGACUCAUAACAGACGCCAUCUGACUGUCGCUGCGGUUGAGCGAGAAAGUGCUUCGAUGGAGAUAAUACUUCCAAUUUGUGCGAUUGUGCUGGUGGUGUUGUUCGUAGUGGCAGCUUUGAGUGGAAAGGUCCGCAACACCGUGAUUUCCUCAAGGACGUACAAGAAAGCUUUUGCCGUGCACAUGAACCUAUUCAGCAGAAUUCACAAUAGAGCUGUUCAAAAACGCAAGGAAGAAAUGUUCAAUCACAUGAAGAUGGCCCUGAAAGGCGUUCAGGGAGAUAUUCUGGAGAUCGGGGCAGGAACAGGAGCUAACUUUGAAUUCUUACCUGAAGGAUGUUCCGUUAUCGCCCUAGAGCCAAAUCCGCACAUGGAAACCUAUCUUGUAGAAAACGCCAAAAGAUUUCCCCAUGUCCAACUAAAAGAAAUUGUGUCCGGCUACGCAGAAAACAUGGAGGGAAUCGCAGACAACUCGGUAGAAGCUGUGUUGUGCACUCUAACGCUUUGUUCAGUGACUGACAUGGAAGCAGUUCUGUCCGAAAUCAAGAGAGUUUUGAAACCGGUGAGUCGCGGUUUUGUCGUUUUGUUACGUUUUAAUUCCUCCGAAACAGGCGUAAUUAUAUAGCUAAUUGUUUUUAAGAGAUUAUGUUACUUUGGAGGUCAAUAAUUUGUUAUUACAUUUUGAUGAUUUUUCAAAACAAAUUACCGCCCACAUCUUAUCUUCAUCUGUGACCCUUUUCUUCUUAAAACAUGACAAAUCAGACACUGCUUCUCUUAAAAAACGUGUAAUUUCCAGAGAAUGCACACAAGUCUUAAAACUGAAGUGGGACCGUCCAAUCUCUAAAAAAUGUGGAAACGGAAAAAUAUAGGUUCUACUAGCACCUUAUGAACUGACUAAAUUUUAAAAACAGAGGGCCCAAAGCGUUAUUUGGGCAUCUGGUCUUCUUUGGGUGUGUGCAUACCCUUGGUACUGUAUUUUACUUUCAGUUUGCUGACUAAUGUUUACAAUAUUUGCCGACUACCUUUUUUUGGUUGAGGUGGGGCGGAACUGUAUUAUACCUGUGGUAAAUAGCACGUAUUAGACUUGAAUUAGUAUGUUUUCGUAAGCUUUAAAAUCGAGGCUAUAUUUGUUAAACAGUCAGUAGGGGGACAAUGCCCAUUUACUAUGCUUAUCCUACGUAUACAUCCUUUCCCUACGGUAUCAUGCAGUUUAUUCAAAUCAUAAAUAAGACUAUAUCAGUUGCGCGUCAAUGGCAAACAGAAAACAUAGUUUUCAAGGAUCGAACAAGGUCGUAAAAACAGAAUAAACUAGAGCUAUGCUAAUAUAACACAUAAUAUGUAGUACCUUAGUAGCAGAGUCUCUAUCGAUGGCAGAAGAUAAGUAGAGCUUAUUUUUCUCGUUUUCUAAGGAGAUAAAAGGAUGUCUGUCAGUUAGAAAUCAGACCAAUUAGCGACAACUUCUCUUCAAAUAUUGAUUCGACUAGCCAUCGUUCAAUUUAACACACCGUAUUAGUGUCGCUAGUUAAGGUUUGCAAUAUUGUUGUAGUUGGUUUCUUUUCGAGUUCCCAAAUAAAAAGGAUAAUACCCAAGAGAGGAUACCUAAUUAGGAUCGUUAAGUUGAAACAGCUUGAAUUCGUUAUAGCAUGACUAUUUGUUUACUUGCUUACACUACGGGCGUGAGCUAUGCCAAACAUUUCCCUGUUUAAUAUCAAUGUGCAGAUAACAAGGGCAUAAGUCAUAAAACUCAUUUCCGCUUGUUUUCAUCCGUUUUCUCUUUCCAUCGACUGCAACAAAAGCACAGUGACAGUAUCCGAGCACGUUUAACCAUGCAACAGCAUUCUUUUCGGUUGAGAUCACGCACCUCCUAUACUAACACCCCUUCGAAAAAUUAUCUUUCAGGGAGGCUACUUUUAUUUUUUGGAACAUGUAGCAGGUAUGUUGGUUAUAAUUGCAUAAAUAGUUUGUUUUUAUCUUGAUUUUAUAGAGUUCGUAGCGUUCAAUGGGUGGCCUCCAUCCGCCUCACGUCCGAUCAAUUAAAAUCCACCUUUUGGCACGCGAAUAGCUAACAUGCGAAAUGCGAACCACGUAUUGAAAGAUUAGAUAGAUAUUUCCUUUGUGUUUGUUUAGAAAAGUUUGAAUUAAAACCGGGAAUAUUUUUCCUGCCUGUGCAAAGUUACUCACGGAAGUAACUCAGUUGUAUCACAGGCAGCCCAAGGGUACCCGUGGGGGAAUCGAUACAUUAAAUACAUCUAUAAACAGGAUGAAAAGCAUGUUCUCUUUUUGAAAGUUACCCUCGUUAGAAAUGCUCAGCACGUCCUUAGGGCAGACAAAAGCAAAGCUUUCUUCACUAUGAAGUAAAUUGAUUUGUGUAGCUGUAAAAACAAGUCGACUUUUAGGCCUCUUAAGAGAGCUAUAGUUGAUCCUGUUUUUCCAGGAAACUGCAGUUUUUGACAUUCGUGGAUCGAAGUUUGUACGCACUCACGUGUUUACCGCACGUAUUUGCUACAAAGAGUCAAAUACCGGUUAUAAAGUCAUGAAAUCUGUAAAGAUAGCCUUUAAAACUUCCUUAUCUUUAUCCAACAGCUGCUUUCUGUUAUGCAGCCAGUGUUAUCGUUUGUUUUUUCGAUUUUUUCGCCGGGGUACUGUACUCUAUAGUUAUAGUCUUUUUAAAAUAUUUUAAAAUUUUACCUAAAUGCAAUCAACAUCAACUAUAGAAAACUAAAAGAUUUUUUUUUUUUUCAACAAGGAAACAUUUUUUAUUUAUCCAAAAAACACCAGAUUUUUCUAACUCUCAAUUCAAUUAAUACUAUCCUAUGUCAGCAUUUAUUUAACUCUUUUAGAAUAAUUAUAUCGUUUUAGGGCUGUAGAAAGAAAUGUUUUUAUAAUCUGUAGUAUGCUUGGUCUGCCUCUCGUCGGUGGCUGUUUAUAUAAUAUCGGAAACCUAUUCCUGAUGUGCUAAAAGCCGGAAAUUAGGACAAGUGUUUAUCUGUUCUGUCCGCGUUAAAUGUUUUUCGGAAGAAUUUAAUACAAAGUGAUUCAUCUAAAACUAUAUUCGAUCAGGGAUUUCUUCAGAUCGGGAGAAACGUCCUGCUAUGGCAGACAGUUUUAGGAGAAAAGGAGAUAGACAGCCAAAAAAUUGCUCUAUGUUGAGGGACAAUACUAGACUCUUACUUUUAAUGAUACUGUUUUUUUUUUCUCCCUUCUUUCCUCUUAUGUAUUUAUCAGAGGUUUAAGACUUCAUGGCAUUAUAUACCGGCGUGCCAAUAUUAUGGGUUUUCAUAAUCACACGGGCGCCCGGAACGCGGCGUCCAGUGCGGGCAAGGAACUGCGAUAAAACGCCCCGUCCUGACUAAAAAAUAAAAGUACAUGCAGUACACAUACAUAGCUCUCUUUUGACUUUCUGCCUUUCUAAGUUAAUGUCUUUCUUGUCGAAAUUACUGUUCACAAGGAGAAAAAUCACAUGGUGCACUUAUCUAAAACUCUUUUAAAUUUCGGUCAGUACGUGAUGACUUCGCUUUUAACGCUGUCUUACUGAUCCAAUUUUGUCUUUGGCGAAUACUCAAGCCGCAUAAACACUAUAAGAAAUGAAAUGACUCACGUAUACUCUGACCUUUUCGUAACACAAGGUCGGCUGUCGUUAUCAUGCGAUUAGGGCUUUCCACAAAUUGUGAAAUAUGGAAGAAAGGCCAAUCAAAUCACUAAAAGUUGCUCCGACAGCUCAGAAUUAGAAGAUAACUAGAGCAAUUGCUCAGAAUGCAUAAAGUUGCUCGAAAUACGAGAAGUUGCCAAAAAGUUGCUUGCCACAGCUAUCUUGUAUGACCGGCAACCCAAUUAACCAUCCAAAAUGUCUCACGGACCAUCGUUAAGCAAAAACUAUUGAUUUGUUUAUAAACAAUUAUUGGAUGAAGUUUUUGUGAUACUCCAGAAUAAUCAACGCCGAGGUAGGAGUUAUCAACCGAAGCCGUGGGCUGAGGUUGAUAACCCUUACCGAGACCUUGAUUAUUCUGGAGAUCACAAAAACCGAAUCUAAUAAUUGUUUUAUUAUACAUUGAACGGACUCUUUCUUUCUCGCUUCGACAUAAAAUGUUUUCAAAGUUUGUGCCAACUCUUUCUUUUCCUCAGGUUCUCUCAGUCUUUGUCUUCCGCUAUUUUUUCGAUGUCUUGCUCGGUCAACGAAGCAAAGCUGGAAGUCAUGUUUUUGCUUCUUCACUGACGGCAAGCGACACAAAGCGCGCGAACUCGAUAUUAUUACCCUCAGAAAUCAUACACCGCGCUUAUACAUGACAUGAUUGCCCGUGAUCUUGAGUGUCCUUUACAUGCCGAUAAUCUGCAGCUAGGUGAUGUCACAGGCGCUGAUUUCGAAAGUUCACUGUACGCUUUCGGUCAAUCAGAAAAGAGAUAGUGAGUUGAACGUAUAAUAAUUAUACUAUCGCUAUUUCGGUAUGUCUGCCGUACGACUAAAAAGGCAUAAACAGAAGCCCAUAAUGGCUCCUGGCAAUGGGCUCCUGACAUAAACUAAGACGAAUAACAACCUUGUUCCCAGGAUAGGACCCUGACCCUGUUGGAGUUCACGGCCACACCCUUAUAAGAUUUUCAGUUCUCUUACAUGUAGCAUAUUUCUGUUUUAGAUGACCCUGAAACAUGGAGGCAUUCAUUCCAACGCACUUUCGAUGACCAGUGGAAAUAUCUCAGCGACGGAUGCUCCUGUUGCCGUGAAACUUCGACCUAUCUGGAAAACGCUGGGUUUUCUAGCGUCUGCUAUCAGAAGUUCUACGUAAAUGAGUUAAUGUUGAUUGCGUACUUAAUGCUGCCUCAUAUCGCAGGCUACGCAGUCAAGUAAUGUCAGUAAUUACUGUUGUUCUACUGCGUGAAGCCGCGUGAUCGGGUUUUGUCAGAGCUGUGAGAGUAGUCCCUUAAAGGUGCCAUUUGUCCAUCAGUUUAACCAAAAAGAAAUACUGAGCGCGUCGAGUUUAUUCUAGAGAUAUGCUCCUAAAUGUCAGUAAAAUAUUGACGCCGGCUACCGUGAUACCGCUCAAUACUGACUGUCAAAGGCAUAUGUUAAGUUUUCAGUAGCUUUUCUAGAAGUACUAGCAAACAAAGCAAUAUUUUUAUGCUACGAUUAAGCAUACAGUAUAGGAUAAAUUUCGUAAAUUAAUUGCGGAUACAGAGCUUUGUUAUUUAGACAGGUGUGUGACAGAUUUGGGAGAUAUUUUAAAGAAAAUAUCCGUUGGUAGAUGUAUUCGUAUAAGGGGAAAAAAGUUUAUAUAUUUUUAACGUAUUUGUUAGGUUUUGAGUAUAGCAUGUGUAUAUAUUCUUGAAUUUCCACACCGCUGACCAAAUGACUAAAGUAGCUUUUUAUACGACAUAUUAUUUAUAACAUUGAAGUCCAAUUUGGUAGAUAUAAGUCCUUUUUCUUUUCUUGUUUAACGUAUUUAAGUAUAUAUUAAAUAAGCUGUUAAGUUUUAGGGUUUACAGCACACCCCCAUUUAUAUCAAGUUAAAUUUUAUAUCAGCUAGCCUACUUAAAUAACGAACAACGCCUGUAUAUGACAACCCCCUGCAAAAGGAAUCAGCUGAUGUCCUGUUAAUAAGUAAGAACUAGACACAAUAGUUCACAAUGAUACAUUUAGUUAUAUACACAGCGGUAGAGGUAUUUUGCAGAACGCCGAACGACUCUGAAGUUUAGUGCUUAGGGUUAGGAAACUGAGUGAAUUAAGUUUCUGGUCAGUUUGCCCAGUAUAAAAACCCUAAAUGGAACCUGAUUCACUCAGUAUCCUAACCCUGAUCACCAAACUAAGAGUCAUUCAGCGUUCUGCAACGCCGUAUACAGCUAUUUCGAGAAAGGUUGUCGGAAAAAAAGAGAUGUGCACGAGACAAUCCCGAAAGGUAAUAUGGGAAAUGAUCAAUACACUGUUUCUGACGACUGUACCUGUCGAACCUACUUUUGUUGCUUUCCUUUAGCACUCGCAAACAAAUUUCUAUGGCCUUUCGUACCAAUUCUUUCAAAUUUUUUUAAAGAACAGUGAACUUAAAACCACCCAAAAUGCCUUUCGGGAUUGUCGCGUGCACUUUUUCCGACAACCAUUCUCGAAAUAGCUGUAUACAAAGUAUGUUUCUGAAAUGGUGAUCCACAGUUACCUUAAUAUCUAUUUAAGUGUCACGUCAAAGCUGGGCAUAACUUACCUUUAAAAAAAAGGAAAAACUGAAAUUAUUACUUCGUAGUUAAGUUGACGACAAUGAUUCUUUUACUCAGGUGUAAAGCUUUUUCAUAUUUCAGGCGUUGUUUU